AUGUCAGAAGUUCAAGUCACCCUUCGAGAAGAUCAAGACCGUGUAUGGAGACUUCUUCAUUCUCAACAAAAUGAGAUGAUUGUGACUAAAUCUGGCAGAAAAAUGUUCCCAAAAUUGGAAUAUUCGGUUCGUGGUCUGGCACCAAACAAGCUUUACGCAAUGAUGCUUCAUCUGGAGCACUCGGACGAUUGUCGAUACAAGUUCACCAAUGGAGAAUGGAUCAAGUCGGGAAAAGCCGAGCCACAUAAAGAGCCAAAAAAGUUGUGGCAUCCGGACGGAGUGCGAAGCGGCAGAGAUUGGAUAGCUACUCCUGUCUGUUUUGAUAGGAUCAAAAUAACAAAUACCAGUGAUUCUACCAAUGCCUCUAUGAUCUUCCUUCACAGUAUGAACAAAUAUUGUCCAAUUCUGUCAAUCUUCGAAAGUCAAUCUGAAACUCCCAUGUCAAUUCCUCAGCCAUCCACUCGUCUUGUCACUUCUGUUCGAUUCGACUACACGGAGUUUAUAGCCGUGACGGCGUACCAGAAUGACGCCGUCAUCAAAAUCAAAGUCCAAAACAAUCCAUUUGCAAAGGGAUUCAGAGAAGGAGGACAAGGCAAUCGAAAAAGAGAAUCUCCAUCUACAGAUGAGUCUACUACAGAGGAAAGUUCUGCUUCUCCAAAACCUAAAAAGUGCAAUAAAUCUUCUUCCGUCUCCCCUCCAAUAGUUCCAAGAUUCGCCCAAUUCCCUCAAUUUCCCACUACUCCAGUUAUGAAUCCAUUUCUUUAUACUUUUCCAUUUUUCCCUCAAUUCCCUCCUGGACAACUUCCAUCCAAUCCAUUCCCAUUUCCAGUUAGUUUCCCAUUUUUCUCACAACUUCCAUUUCCCACCCAAGCUCCGGUUGAGAAAAAGCCCAAGGAAGAGACUGAGCCAGAGAUCGAUGAUGUUUGA